AUGAAUAACAACUUUAACAUAAAUGUUCAGGUGGACGAUGCAGCUCUUAACAAGUAUGAAGUUGAAGUAAAUAGUUAUUUUGCAAAAUUAUAUACUGGGGAAAUUACAGUGAAUACAAUGCUUGAUAUUAUGAAAAAUUUAUCCUUAUCCCCUAAAGGGUCAAAAAAUAAUGAUGUAUAUAAAUCAAUGUUGCUUAUUCUUUUUAAUGAGUGUAGAUUUUUUCCAAAGUACCCCAAUGAAGAAUUAGAUGUAACAGCUCAACUAUUUGGAAAAUUAAUUAAACACAAUUUAUUAAUAUCUUAUGGUAAUACAUUAGCUGUUGCAUUAAAAUGCAUACUGGAAGCGUUGAAAAAAGGAAAAGAUUCCAAGAUGUUUAAUUUUGGAAUAACAGCAUUAGAACAGUUUGAAGAUUCUUUAAUUUGUUAUCCUAGCUUUUUAUCAUCUUUAAUAUCUAUACCAAAUUUGAGGCAAUAUAAUGCUCAAUAUGUGAUUCAUUGUAGAAAUUUGUUAAAUUCACUCCCUGAACACAUGAGAAGCUUGCCUUAUAUAGAUUCCUCUACAAUAUUAAAAAUCAAGCACCUUUCUGAAAUGAGCACAAAUAGCUCUUCAAAUAUUAAUAUAUCGCAGUUAUUAAACAAUGAUGUGAAAAAAUUUUCAACAACUAAUGCAAAUAAUAAUUUAAAAAAUAUGAAUAAUUUAAGUGUAAAUCUCAGUAAAAAAAAAAAUAAUAACACUAGUAGUAUUGGGAAUAUUAAUAAUAUUAGUAGUUGUAGUAAUAAUAAUAACAAUAAUUUAUCAAACGCUUUAGGUAAUUUACUAAAUAAUGGAUGUAAUAAUAAUAAUAUAAAUAAUGAUAAUUUAUUAUUAUAUAUCAAUGAUAUUUUACCAAAUUGCGCAAAUGUAGAGCAAUCCUUACAUAAGGUUAAUAACAUGUCUUCUUUAAAUAGAAACGAUAACAUUUUCAAAAAUAAAAAUGUGAAUGAAAACUUAAGUAAUAAUUUAAAUUUAAAUAACUUUUCAUCAGUUAAUAAUAUAAAUAAUCAAUUGAAUAUGAAUAUUCUAAAUAAUGAUAAGUCGAAUAAUACUAGCAGCAUAAAUAAUUUAUAUUUAAAUAGAUCAUUUUUAACUGCAAAUGAAAAUAAUCAACUUAACAAAAAUACAAAUGUAGCUGGAAACAAUUCAUAUAUUAAUAGAGAGAUGAAUUAUAGAAAUAGCUCAUGCUUAAAUGAAAAUACAGCAAACUCAAAUAUAGCAAGUUAUAUAGAUAAUGCAAUUAAGAUAAAUACUAACGAAAAUGUGAAAUAUGCAAAUAAUGAGAACGAUAAUAAUUCUAUUAAGGAAAAGGAACAGUUAUAUGGUAUAAUUGACAGUUUCUAUGAUCAAACUCAAAAAGGUUUACCUUCUCAUUUAAAUUUAAAUAAUAUAAGUGGGUUUGGUUUAGGACAAAUAGAAUGUUUGAUUGAUAAUACAGAUUUUACAAAAAAUAUAGUUGUUCCUUCAUCCUUUAUAGUAGGAGAAGUAUUUAGUAUUUUUAACACUUUAUGUUUAUUUAAUAUUGAUGAAAAGACAAAAAUUUUAAAAGAUGUAAUGCAGCCAGAAUAUUAUAAUUGG